GAGCUUCCCAGUUGGGACAGCUGUCUCCCAUGGCCCUUCAUCUCCACGCUCCUCCACGGGGAUGGAUGGCUGGGAAUUCAUCAAUGCUGCCUCCCGUCGAAGCGCCGAAGCGUCAGUCUGUCGUGGAGCCGCGCAAUUGGUUCGUCUGGCCUUGCAUCGAAACAACACCAACAUCGAAUGAUGCCCAUCACCAUUUGUCUGGUGCAUCCCAUCCUUGCAUCCACCUCAAUCUUUUUCAGCUGCAAGCUACCCUGGACGCUGCCUGUCCACGGCCAAUCAAUUCCCGGUGGCUGCAUCCCGCCUUCGUGCCACCGGUUCCGUUUACUCCGGACUGCCAUCAGACCAGUUCAAUGUCAUGUGAUUUGUUCUCGCUCACGUGACGACCCUCACUCACUCCCUAGCACCAUCUUUUCGAAUCUUGCCUGCCAUCACUUGCUCGUAUCCAUCACCAUCCGUUCGACAGUUUCGCAGACAGACGUACAGAAAUCGGGCUAGUUAGAGCUCUUUUUCGAUCAAUCCAAUCAAAUUCUCUCCUCCAAUCAUCAGAGUCGUGAUGUCUUCGCUCUUCUUCAUCGCCAUCAGAUCAACAUCUUCGCAUAUUCAAGCACUCACCCAGCCAGCAUUGCUCGUCUCGUCUCCUAACACCUCUUUGAUAUCCACU